AUGAUAGUUCAUACCCGAGGAACUGAUUUUAAAUUUCCAAUGGGAUUUAAAGUUGCUAUUACAUUAGGAAAUGGUUUAACAAAAGAUCGUUUUGUUCAAGCACGUAUGAGAAUGAGAAAAUUAGUCUAUGAAAACACUCAACAAUCAACUUGGGAUGGUUUACAUCAUUGGGUUACACACAGUUUAAAUUUUCAAAGAAAAAUUUCUGCAUUUCGACGUAUCAAUUGGAAUAAUGAUCAACAAAUAUUUACAGAUAUACUUAUGCAAGACUUAGCUAAAGAAUGUUCUGAACCUGAAAUAAUUGAACUUAAAAGUAUGUAUGGGUCUUCGAAAAAACUUCAAACAUUAUUCGAAAUUCAUCAUAAUCGAUAUGAACAAACUCAUCAUAAUGUAUCGAAAGAAAUUAAAGAUACCGUAUUACGACGAUUAAAAUAUUAUGGUGAAACAAAUCAACGUUUAUUACAAUUAUUAGAUGAAGAGCAACAAAGAGAAUUAGAGCAAGAAUUAGAAGAAGAAGAACGUCAAUUAGAGCGUCCAUCACUUGUUACACCGUGUCAAUCUAGACUUCAUGAAGAAAUAAAACAAUUGUGUGAUAUGCAUAGUCCUAUGAUGAAUUUAAAACAACAUCCUAAAGUAUUUCGUCAUUUAUCUUAUGCUUUUACUGGUACGACAUUUGUCAAUGAUUGCCAAGCUAAUAGUUGGCAAGAAAAUUUUUGGAUUUCAACUGAAUUUCAACGUGUAAUUACGACUAAAGGAGAAUUAUUAAAUUCAUUUUUACUUUCUCCACGAUGGAUUAUUAUCUACCGGAAUCGACAUUUAAUUUUUCUAAGUGCUUUAGAAGCUAAUUGGGUACUCGGCCGUUUAAGGCUUCUUUAUUAUCAACAACAAUCGAAUAAUCUGUCGAUCAUAACAUUACAUUUAUUAUUACCUCGUAUCAAACGAGUUCAAUCGAUUUUUGUUAACACGUCAAGUCUUACAAUUCCUCCAUUAAUUAGACAUCUUAAUGAUGCUGUUUCUUUCUUCCUACCACUCGAAUGGUUAGUUCAAUUAUUUAUUUUUAACGGUACUAUUUAUUUUGAAACAGUUGAUGAACAAAUAGCUUAUUGUCAAUGUUUAAGUUUAUGUCCGAAAUCUCGAACGGUGGAAGAAGAAGAAGCAUUUAAAAAUGGUUGGAUUGCUGUUGAUGGCUUUGUUAGUAAUAUUGAACAUUGUCAUUAUUUGAAAAUGCAUAAAGUUCGAUUCCAUCGUAAUUUACUAAUCUUUGUCAAACAAAAGAUUGAAAAUCGAAAUAAUUUACAUGCACCUAUAACAUCACAUGUUGGUAGUAUUAUUCUUAAUUCACUUAAACUAAUUUAA